UUUUUAACUGCAAGACUUGGUCUCACGCUGCAAAUGACCAUCAUCUGACUGCCUAGAGAUUAGGCCUAAAUCCGCCUACAAUUUUUUUUUUUUUUUUUUUAAUUUGAUUUUUUUUGUUGUCCACUCCAGCUGCCGAGAAAGGGAGAUUAGGCGCGGAUUAUUACACAGUGAGUUUGCUUGGCUGCAGGUUUUCAUCCUAAUAAAUAUCCCAGGAAUGUCACUCUAUCCUUUUUUUUCUUUUUUUUUUUUUUUUUUUGGGUGUAAUGUGGACAUUCACCUGAUGGGGCGCUAUAUCACGCAGUCCGAUUAUUAGACACAAAGCAGGUUGCUAGGUGGUGAGGUUCAAAAGCAAGUGGAGUCCAACAGUGCUCUCACAUUCGGAGAGCAAAAGAGAGAGCGAGAGAAAGAGAGAGAGAGAGAGAGAGAGAGAGAGAGAGAGAGAGAGAGGACUGGUUUUGAGAGCAAAAACAACAUCUUUAUUUUCCUAAUAUUCCAGUGCGUUUGUAUUGCAAGUAACCGGAGGCUGCUGCACUCCGCUCCACUCCACGGCCUUUUUUGAAGUGGACUUUGCACAAAGGAGGACCUGUGCUGGCGCACGGACAAGGUGCGCUCAGGUAAUGUAACACCGAGCAGGCUCACGUGAUCAACGCUCAAAACCCACUUUCCCGAAAAGAGGAUGUGAACACGCCGCUCGCCCCGAAAGCAGGUUGGCGGAAGUCGAAGUUCCCCAAAGUCUCUCUUUUUUUUUUUCCCCCCUCCUCGUCAACCUGAAAGCAGCCUGACUGAUUGAGUCAUCGGGAGCACACUGGUCCCGGUUUCUGAAGGGAGGAUUUGUCAUGAGAUGAACCCCAGCCGAGGCCAGCUAGACCCGGUCCACGCCCGCACGCCCGGCCCUGGUCCCUAGACAUGGACGACGGGUCGCCUCGCGGGUUCGGCGUCGCGCCGGGGAAGGUCCUCAUCCUUCUUCUGGUGUUCAGCGCGAAUCACGCGUCGGGGAAUAACACUGUAUCGACUGAAUUCAGAUCACAUAACACUACAGGCCCGAACAUCGCGGCCAUCGUGGCCCCCACCGUCACGCUGGGCCUCGUCGCAGUGGCCUCGGCCGUGGCGGGCUGGCUGCUGUGCGUGGUCAAAAAGAAGCGUCAGACGGAAGGCGCGUACAGACCCAGCGCAGAGGAGCAGUGCGGCACUCGCAGCGUGGCCGCCACGGACGCGCUAAAGCUCCCCAAGGAGGAAAGACUCAUUUGAGGAUCCCCUUUUUCUGGGGUGGGGGGGUUCCCUGUUUGGGCGGUCUUCAAUCAUUUCCUCUGCACAAGUGAAAGAGGAGCUCCAGUAUUUCAUCACCAAGCAACCAUUUCAUUUUUUCCUAAAGUGGCUUUAAUGUUGUUUGAUGUCACAUAUUGUUCACUGUGUAUUCAAUCAAUAGCGCUCGUUUAUUUCCUUUUUUGACCUCAACAAGCACGACUCCAUUUUGGUGUGAAUCAACAGCUGUUUACACGAGUGCGACGUUUGCUUCAACGUCGUGUUAUCGAAACAUUUCAUUUGAUCAACUAGUGUCACAUUAUCAUGAUCAGUUUUUUUUUAAAAGUUAAUUUAUGCUUUUGUCUAAUAAAUACCUGCCCUAUUUGUACAA